AUGACGCUGCCUAGAUCUUUCGAAGAGGAGCCCAUUGCGGUCUGUGGGCUUUCUCUGAAGUUUCCGCAAGAUGCCUCCUCAGAAAAGGAUUUCUGGACCAUGAUUCUAAACAAGCGGAGUGCAAUGACGACGUUCCCUCCGGAUCGCCUAAAUGUAGAUGCAUUCCAUCACCCUACUCAACGUCAUGCCCUCCGUACACGGGGUGCUCAUUUCAUCAAGGAGGACCUUGGAGUGUUCGAUGCCAACUUUUUCUCGCUAACUCCUACGGAAGCUUCUGCUAUGGACCCGAUGCAACGCAUUCUACUUGAGACAACAUACAAAGCGUUCGAAAAUGCAGGUAUACGACUGGAAGACGUAAAGGGCUCAAGAUCUUCUGUUCAUACAGGUUGCUUCACAAGCGACUAUCUACAACUGAUACUGAAAGACUCCGAAAGGCUUCCUCCGUACGCAGCGGUUGGAGCUACACAAUCCAUGCUAGCAAAUCGUCUAAGCUGGUUCUUUGAUCUCCGCGGACCUUCAGUUAACUUGGACUCGGCUUGUUCAAGUAGUGCUAUGGCUGUCGACCUUUCUUGUCAGUUGUUGCUUAGCGGCGUUACUGAUAUGGGUGUUGUCGCUGGCUGCAAUUUGCUACUAGACCCUGAUUACAGUACUAUCCUGAGCAACAUGCAGAUGCUAUCUCCUGAUGGUAAAUGCUUUACCUUUGAUCAUCGUGCGAAUGGGUAUUCUCGCGGCGAAGGCGUUGCGGUUGUCAUACUAAAGCGUCUUUCCGAUGCACUUCGCGACAACGAUACCAUACGAGCUAUCAUAAGAUCUACCGGUACUAACCAAGAUGGUCGAACGCCUGGAAUCACUCAACCUGACCUUAAAGCUCAAGCUCAACUAAUCCGUGAAACAUACAAACGGGUGAACUUAAGCAUGGAGCAUACGCGGUUCUUUGAGGCACAUGGAACGGGGACAGCAAUUGGAGACCCAAUAGAGGUCGGUGCUAUUGCAGAUUGUUUCCAUAAGCAUCGCAACUCUUCCGACCCCCUUUACGUUGGCUCUGUCAAAACAAAUAUCGGCCAUCUUGAAGGCGCCAGUGGUAUUGCUGGGUUAAUUAAAGCAAUCCUCGCCGUAGAGUCCGGUAUAAUACCACCAAAUACGAAUUUUGAAUCAUUAAAUAGAAAGCUUGCGUCUUACGACUAUGUGAUUACUCUGCCAGCGGAGCCAAUAGCUUGGCCUCCUUGCGAAGUCCGAAGGGCGUCUAUUAAUUCCUUCGGAUAUGGCGGGACAAACUCUCAUGUUGUUAUUGACGACGUUUCGAGUUACCUGAGGCAUAAAGGCUUAGUAGGAAACUUUAGAAUGGCCAAUCUAUACUCCUGGGACAAGAAGCUUCUCCGCUCAACGACCAUAGAAGAAUUUCCGAAGCUUCUCGUUUGGUCUGCUUCUACCGGAACUGCUACUCAACUCAUGGUUUCUACGUGGGAGAAAUACUGUUCAAAGAUGCUCGACAAUGAUGCGAUGCCGUCGGUUUCCAAUAUUGCAUACACUCUUGACUCUCGUCGGACAUCACUAUUGGCAAAGUCAUUUGCAGUUGUUUCAGCUACUUCCGAUAUGCGAGAUCUUGUAAAACUCGCUUCUACACCCAUAAAUACUCCAAAACAGAGUCCUCGACUAGCAUUCGUAUUCACUGGUCAAGGUGCACAAUGGUACGCCAUGGGGAGAGAACUCUUAAUUUACCCGGACUUCCUAGAAAGCAUUCAGGCCGCAGAAUCUAUUCUCGUGGGUAUGGGCUGCUCCUGGUCUUGUCGAGGUAGGUCGGCUCAAGUUCAAUAA